AUGACUUGGCGGUCCGCUGGCCUGCUCACAGCUGAGCUUUAUCAUCGCUUUGGAAUGUACAUCUCCCACCUCGCUCUCCCCGACAUCUCGACGCUGAAAAUACAAACACCAUCUAGAAUACUCUGGCCUUCCAGUGACUCAACGUAUCUACCCCGUGUCGAACCUCCUCAUCCGCCUAAAUAUCUCGCCAUGAUUGUGUCGCGCGAAACCCGUCUAUGA